GUGGGCCAUGCGUGAACUCGGUUCCAAAAUGGCCGAGCUUAAAUUUGAGGCUCCUCUGGCAAAAAUGGAUGAAACUGAUGAUUGGGCCGGUUGCGAUUUCAUUUCCAAUCAGAACACCAUCAAUGACUCGUUGAAUUUGAAUCUCAAGGAUCCGAUGAUGGCCCAGGAGAAUAAAAUCCGUUUGUUGGAGGAGGCCGUUCGGGAUGCUCAUGUCAGCAAAAAUGGUGGUGGUGGCGGCUAUGGUGGCGUCAAUGGCACCAUUAGUCCCAAUUGCAAUACCAUGCUGAGCAAUGAAAUGACCACAAUGGGAUUGGAUGGUGGCACCACCACCUCCUCAUCGUCGGCGGCCAUUGAUUCGAAGAGUCUUUUGGAUGCCGCUGAUAAUUUCAGUGAGGCUUUCGGUGGCAGCCUCGAAGAUUUGGUCAAUACCUUCGAUGAGAAGAUCACCAAAUGUUUUGGUAAUUUUGAGGAAAAUGUUGAGGCGCUGGCGCCCGUACAAGUACGCAGUCAGGAUGAGAUUAUGAAUGAAUGCCAAAUGUGGUGGACUAUUACUGGCAAUUUUGGUAAUAUUUUACCCAUUGAUUGGUCCAAAUCAUAUACACGUAAAAUGCAUAUGCCUACCUUGAAUUUAGGUCAAAAUACCAACAACAAAAAUCAACUAGGAGGAGGAGGUUGUGGUUCCUCAGAUGCCCAAACGCCAGCCGAUGAUCUCAACAGUGAAGAUGAUGAAGCCAUUGCCAAUGAUUUGGAUAUGCAUGCCCUGAUUUUGCAUGGCCUCAACAAUGAACCCGAAGAACCCAUUAAAUCUGUCGAAGAGGUCAUCAAGGAAAUUGAAUAUAUUAUCGAUGAGGCUGAGAGUCCCACAGAUGAGGCCACCACCUGUGAAUCGGAGGUUAUGGAAAAGGCCAAGGAGGUGUUGGGGGCACCACUAUAUGCGGAGAAAUUACAAUACUUGUCCAUCAACCAGCUAAAUGAGCUCUAUAUGGAAAUGGAGGUGUUGAUCCAGGAGCUCAGCGAAACCCUCAUCAAUGAAUUGGCAUUGCGCGAUGAAUUGGAAUUUGAAAAGGAAUUGAAAAAUUCAUUUAUUUCAAUACUGCUGGCAGUACAAAACAAACGCCGCCAAUAUCAUGUGGAAAAGAAACGGGGCAAAUUCCAGGGACCGGAGCCCAAAUAUUUGACCACCGUCAUACCCUAUACCAUGGAGAAUGGCACACCCAACAAUCAAAAUUUACAAGUUUUAAUUAAAAUUUUAAAAGCCAUCAAUGAGGAUAGCCCCACAGUACCCACACUCUUAACAGAUUACAUUUUGAAGGUCCUUUGCCCCACAUAAAUCCAG